UUCCACUCGCUCUCCAAUCUGGUCUGGCCGCCAUUGUGGUUGCCGGCCUCGCUUAUUUUUUUUUCUUGUCGGUAAUCAUAACCACUACCGUCAUUCACUAUUGCUUUUUUUUCUGGCUGCUACGUAUUCCAUAUGGCGAAUGACAUGAUAUACCUUUCAGUUGGUCACUCUCUGUGGUUGGAUUGGCGCGUCUAGUGGAAACCUCGCGCGGCUGUUCCCGCCACCGCCGCCAACCUCAAGGUUUUCACCUGACCUACCUGAGCUGGCAGCUUCUGACGUUGACGUUGACAUUGACAUCGAUCAGACAAGGCAGCCUACUGAAAUCUACCGAUCCCAGGCGUAGCUCGCCUCCCUCAUCACUGGUUCAGUUUCGCCAUCUCCCUAGCUACCCAAUCAGCCAAGAUGGAGGACCGUCGUCAGUCCAUCAGGCAGAGCGGCAUUCCACGAUCAUCGCGCCUUCCGACUCUUAGAUCAUCACAGAGUAUCUCGUCCCUUCGACCUCCACCCUCGACCGAGCAGACAAACCGCAGCAAUGGCACUAUACACAACCCCAAGCUUCGUUCGGCCCCGUCCCACGACCGCCUGGGAAGCUUGGGAAACACGACAUCUGUCUCGGCUGGAAACCGCAAGCCAGAGACGCCUUCUCGAGCUUUUCGACUGCAAAGCAAACCGCUCCCACCGCCCCCGAGAAGCUUUGUCGGCCCUCGGUCCUCAAGCAUAAGCCGAGUUCCUGCCUCGAGCACCUCGCCUGUUGCUUCUGAGGCGUCACAAUCUUCCGCACCAACUGCAACACCCUCCCCGCCGGCGGAGCAACCUCUAUUUAAGAGGAGAACGACUCUGACGAGGCGACCUUCUGAUGCUGCCGAGAGCUUCAUAACCCCAAGCAAGGGUCGAUCUUCCUUGGAUCCUUGGGCAUCUUCAGUGCCGAUGGACCUGCCCUCAAUGCCGACAAAUUUUACCAUCGAGGAGGAAACAUCGACGAACCAAACGAUCAAGGCAAAGACACCCCGCUCAAGACCAUCGCUGUCAGAGAGAACAAUCGAGACGCUCUCUCAAAUACCUUCUUCGCCCGCAAAUAGGGGGAGAAGGCCUUCGGCUUUCUUUGAACCUGGCUCCGCAACUCGUUCAGGUUCCAGGCCUGCAUCACGCAGUUCACUCAGCUCGCGACCGGGUUCAAGCUACCGAAAUGAAGGUUUCAACCGACCGACGUCGAGGUCGAAAUCCCAAACAAGGCCCGGCUCCAGCCAUAGGAUAGAAGACGCAGGCCCAGCUUCGUUCCGGGUCUCAACUAGUCACAUAAACAAUUACAAGACACAGCUUGCUCCCAUCAACGGCACACCGCCGACGCAAGCAAAGCCUCGGGUGGUAGCCAAGACUACACGUGUGCCUGCGGCUAGGGUUGCAGGUCAAGGGAAUGCAAUGCGACCUCCCACCCACGGCAAGAUACCUGCACCUGCCUCGAAGACGCUACCCAGAGCAUCUAUCAGCAAACUGCCGGAACCUUCCAGGACCCCUAGUCCAGAGAAGCAGCAGGUCCAGUCAAAUGAAAACAAACCUAUGGCAAAGACAAUGCCUUUGAGACCACCUAAGCAACGCCCGUCGCUCAACGGAUUGUUUAGAAAACCUCCAGCUCUCGCCCCGGACCACCAGAAGGUGGGGGCCACCCCCUCCAAAGUCUCUCGCAAGACGUCGCUUAUUUCACACAGGUCGUCAACUACCUCUGGCGAUGACACGGUCCAGUCUGGGCCCUCACCGACAUCUACUGCGACCACGGUCGACACGAACGAGCCAGCACCCGCGGCGACUUUUAGAAAGUCUUCCGCGGCCCUGAGGGAGCAAAUCGCAAAGGCAAAGGCAGCCAAGAAGGCUACCACCAAGCUUGAAGUCGAUCCAACGAAGGUGCCCACUGUAGGCAGGCAUCCUAUCAGAUCACCACUUAUACCAACAGACACAUCCUUCGACUUUGGUCUAUCAGAUAAUCCGUUCAAUCAUCAGGAAGCAGACAGCGGGUCAAAGAACAAGGUCCUAGAAGGUCUGCUGGCGACUGCACGGACUAGUGGAAGGCUCAACAUUGCAGCACUUGGCCUUCGCGAAAUCCCUGCCCAAGUUCUGAAGAUGUACGACUCGGAGGCUAUGGGGAUCAACGAUGGGUCAUGGGCAGAGACCGUGGAUCUCACUAGGUUCGUUGCGGCUGAUAACGAGCUGGAGAUGAUUGGCGAUGAGGUGUUUCCCGAUAAGGAUGCAAAGGCUUUUGUCGACGAUGAAGACGGACAAGGCAUGAUUUUUGGAGGUCUCGAAACUCUCGAUCUGCAUGGAAACAUGCUCAUCUCUCUGCCCAUGGGCCUGAGACGCUUACAGUAUCUGACAUCGUUGAACUUGUCUUCGAACCGAAUCACGAACGGCUCCUUCGAGGUUAUUUCUCAGAUUACCUCUCUCCGCGACCUCAAGCUUGGGGGCAAUCUCUUUUAUGGACCGUUGGAUAACUCCUUCACAAACCUUGUCAACCUGGAAACCGUUGAUUUGCACGACAACAACAUCUCAGCCCUCCCGGCUGGAAUGGAAAAAAUGAGCAAGCUUCGCAUCCUGAACCUUGGCGAGAAUAACUUUGAGUCUUUGCCUCUCACGACUCUUGUGCAGCUCCCACUUACUGAGCUGGUCGUUCGCAAGAACAAGCUGAGCGGCGUGUUCAUAGACGACGCAGAUGCGCUUUUCCAGACCUUGCAGAUCUUGGACGUUUCCUCUAACCAGCUUACUCAUAUUUUGCCUCCCGGCAGCAGCUCAACACUCGCCAUGCCAUCUCUCCAUCAGAUGUGUGUAUCGAUGAACAGACUCCAAGAGUUACCUGGCCUCAGCAUGUGUGUCAACUUGCUCACCUUGAAUGCGGACGAAAAUAGCAUCACCGAUGUUCCAAACGGGUUGACAGGCCUCAACAAACUAAGACAUGUGGACUUUUCGAGCAACGACUUGCGCGUUAUUCCGCCAGACAUCUCUCGUAUGGAUAACCUGAACAUGCUCAGGCUCAGUGGCAACCCGCUUCGGGACAAGAAGUUCUGCUCUAUUACGACGGAGGAGCUGAAGGACAUUUUAGCUGCUCGCUUGGAUCCCGAACCGAUAUUGGAUGAACCUCAGGCCACGUUUAGCAAUCUCUUGGCCUCGGCAGCGGUACCAAGCCCAAAACCCCCAGCGACACGAUCAAGGAUGAACUCCGUCCCAAGACAUAUCGAAGACGCAGAUGAAGUUCGAUCUGAAAUGAGCGACAAGUUUGCGACGCCCCCUACAUCAGCUCCUCAAUCACCAGCUGCGCGUUCCCGGUCCCAUACCUUGUCCAGCGAACAAUGGACGGUAAGGCCCGGCGGCGUGCUAGAUAGGUCGAACACACAAUCCUCGGCUCUUCAUCCCGUGUCAUGCUCUCGCGUUGCAAACGAACACAGCGUCCGUGAAGUUCAGCUCCAUCACAAUCUUUUCUCCAUCAUCCCAGAAUCCCUUACUUUCUUCUCCCAGACCCUUGUGUCCUUAUCUCUAGCACACAACCAGCUCAUGGGAGAGUCUUAUAUGGGAGACAUGGCAGCCAGCGGUGGCGGACUCAAGCUGGAGCUUCUUGCGCUCCGGGAGCUGAAUCUGUCUUCAAACCACAUUACCAGUCUGGCUCCUUUGAUGUCGAACUUGAUUAGCCCGGGACUUCAGAAGCUAGAUGUCAGCACCAACCGGAUUGCCGCCCUUCCGUCUGGGACCGGAUUAAGGGAUGUAUUUCCAGAGCUGUCGGUAUUGCUCAUUGCCAACAACCACUUGGCGGAUUUGGAGCCCGAGGCCAUCAAGGGUAUGCGCAUAGUUGACGCUUCCAAUAACGACAUCGCCCAUCUCAACCCUCGGAUUGGGCUUCUUGGUGGGAUUGAAAAUGGCACCUUGGAGCGUCUGGAUGUCAUGGGCAACCGGUUCCGCGUUCCCAGAUUCAAUGUGCUUGAGCGAGGCACCGAGGCUACGCUAAGGUUCCUCCGUGGUCGUGUGCCUGUCGCUGAGAUGGCAGCGUGGAGAGAGGCAAGAGGUGUAGCCGUGAGCAGUGAGGACUGCGACGGAUUCGACGACAGCAUAAUUGAGUAAAUCCAACUCCAAUUGGCCGUUGUCAGAUGAUAACCAGCUGCUAUUUUUCCUUGCCUCUCAAGGGCGUACCGCCAGGUCACUAUGGUAUGACCGGAUGGAAUCUGGACACACAGUUUCGUGGCAUUCUUUUAGCAUCCAAACGUCGAUGUACCAACAUCAGGUCUAACAUGACUACAACAUUCACUUCUGUUUCUCUUUCUUCUGUUUUCUUGUGGCUCGAAACGUUUUUCUUCGAACAGCCAUUGAUACACCAAUACUGUCUUUUUUUUUUACCUGUUUAACUUUACUUUAUACCAGGCAGCCGCUGGAGUGGGCUGUGUUUGGAGUGUGAGGUGAUGAGUACGACGUCUCAUGAUAGGUCUGGCAGGAUUUUCCCAGCCAUUAAGAUACCAAACAAGCACUUUUUUAUUUUGUUCUAUGGUCUGUUC